CUGUGAUGGCGUCGCCGUUGCGUUUUGUUUCAGUAAAUCUGAGCACGAGUGGGACGUUUCUUUAAAUCUCGCAUUUAAAAUACCGUUUGUGUCAAACCUGCUGUCGUAUUGUGUUGGAAACGAAUAGAAGAUGCCUCCGAAAAAGAGAGGACCACUUCAAACGGUGCAAAGAGAUACGGAUGUCAUCAAGAGAAAGGUGGAUGCUUUGGUACAGCAGGCUGCUCAACCAGAUGCGUCAGAUUGGACUGAGGCCUUUGAGAGGUGCAAAGAGUUAAAGCUCGCAGUGGAGGAAAUUACGAAGUCUCUGAAGAAAUUAUCUAAAGCAGAUGAGCCAGCUCCAGUGGGGAACUAUGACCAGUGUAAGAGGGACGAGGAGAAGCGUUUGUUGAACUUGCAUGAGCGUCUACAGUCUCUAGCUCUUCAGCUGCAACCUCAGGAUGAGGUAGCCGGACCUAGUUCUUCCCAGACAGAACAGAAGAGCGAUGAGGAAAAUAGUGAUGAAAAAGAUGAGAGCUCUGAAGAUGAAGAUACAGAAGAGGAAGAAGCGCAUGAUGAUUAUAAAGAUGAUGAUGAUGCUGACAGUGAUGACGAGGAUACAGAUAUCGGUCAAACUGCCACAGGACAGGAAACUGUUUCCUAUGUUGCUCUUAGUGCAUUUACAGGAGAGGAGGAAGGGGACCUCAGCAUCCAGAAAGGAGAGGUUUUGAAAGUUCUCUCUAAGAAUAAGGAUGGAUGGUGGCUGGCUCAGAACUUAAAUGGCCAGAAGGGCCUGGUGCCUAAAACCUUCCUCAAGAUGUAUUUUAUCUCUCAGUCUUCUCAGAAGGAUAGUGAGAGAGAGAAUGAAGAUGAGGAGGAGAGUGAGGAGGAACAGGAGGAGUCUGACAUAAAGUCCAGCAAAACAUCCAAUUGGAACACAGUCCGGAAGGCUGUUACUGAGAUAGAUGCUACUGAUGUGCUGUCAGCCAUGGGUGCCAUCCCUCCAGGCUUCAGACCUUCCAAUCUCUCCAGACACCUAGAAGAAGGGACGUCUUACAGAGCAAGUCACUUCAUUCAGCCCAAGCUUAGCCAAUCACAACUCUCCUUUCAAGAUCUCCAUAUGGACCCAGACACAGGCAAGGUUCACGGGCGCCCAUCUAGAGUGAGUUUAACCCUGACCCUGUGGAGCUGUAGAAUGAUCCCUCCCCCUGGGGUCGGGUUACAGGUGCUUAGCAGGCAUGUUCGGCUCUGUGCAUUUAAUGGAACCCAGGUUUUGAGUAACAUUCACACAGUCAGAGCCACUUACAACUUCAAGAGCCAAAAGACAUGGAGUUUUUCUCCACGGAUGACUGGGAUGCUUCCCUGUCUACUGGAUGGAGACUGUUUCCUGCGUUGUGACUCUGAAUCUCCUGAUCUUGGAAUUCUGUUUGAAUUGGGUGUGACCUACAUAAGAAAUUCCACAGGGGAGAGAGGAGACCUCAGCUGUGGCUGGGCGUUCCUUAAACUGUUUGAUGAAAGUGGAGCACCCAUUACUUUACGGACACAAGAGCUUACUAUUCAUGGUGGCACGCCAUUUGAGAGAGACACCGAUAUGGAUACCACAUCUACCAAAAGAGGUAACGUUCUCUCACAAAAAUACCCAUACUCUCUCACAUGCACGCCAUUCUCUUCUGUUCUCUCCUCAGGUUAUCCCACUGGUGUGUUUCAGCAGAUGUUGCUGUCCAGGAAGAUGCCAAAGCUUGUUGUUAAGUUCAAAUCAGUAAACACACGCAGCAGAGUGCUUCUGAAUCUGCUGCCAGACACUAUUGUAGGAAGUCUGUCCACAGUGCGCCUCCUGGCAACAUACAGGCAAAUACUCGCUGAUGCUCUUUUACUUGACAGAGUCACCAUGUGUAAUGCAGAUUUGAUCUGCAGCUCAGUUCUAGCCUCCUUCCCUGAUGUUCUAGAUCAGCCAGACCUGAUGGAUGCGUUUAGGAAAUCAUGGACCGAAUCAGAGAGUAACCUGAGAAGAUCUGAUAAGAGGGAUAUCAAUGUGUUAAAGCAGAUGUUUGUGAGCGUUUAUAUGGGCAGUGUGUUUCCAUUGUUGUACUCUGCGGAGAUGCCCACUCCCUGCUGGGCGGAUGAGGAAGUGGAGUCUCAACGUGCUCGUAUCAUCUACAGCCCUUCCCAAAAAAUCUCAGUAGAAACUAUGCUGUCCUCCCAAUGUUCACAUCAAGCCUUUGACAUCACACAGGUCACCUAUGACCUCAUCAGCAGAGCCCAGCACUGACUCUAGAGACAGACCUAUCACAUGGUCCUCCAAAAGAUAAGUGUCCAAUAGCAAAAGAAAAAUGUCAUUU